CGCUGCUCAGGACUACACCGUCUAUUCAGAUCCAGACAACAUUGAUUUAUGCGCACAUAAACAUAUUUUAUAGUGAUUGGUUGUAUAGACAGUAAGAAAAUAGAAGCAGACGAGGCAAGGAGACACCGACGUUUUAUCUGGACGCGCGCUCAUAUUGGACAGAUCGUCUCUCCAUCGCACUGAUUGUGGGAAUGGGAAAUGAUGGAGGAUAAAGCACCUCGUGUAGCCGACUACUUUGUGGUCGCCGGCCUCACUGACUCAUCCAAGCCUCUGGAAGAGGAUCUUCAGUUUGAUGACACCGGUCCCAGGUCUGUUAAACCCAAAGCCCCCAUCACCGAUGUUGCCGUGGUGAUCCGUUCCCUUGGUGAGGAGGUUCCCCCGGGCUUCACCUGCUUGGAAAGCACCCCCUCUGGCCUAUCUGCAGAGCUCAAUGGUGCCAGUCUCAGGGGCCCUCAGAUCUUCUUGUGCUUCAAGAGAGGCAGAGAUAAACCUCCACUGACAGAUCUCGGGGUUCUGUAUGAGUGGAAGGAAAAGCUGAAACCGGGAUGCCACAUUGUCCAGACCACACCUUCAGGUCGCCCUGCCAACAUCAGCAGCUCGUCCUCCCAGCGCAUCUACAUCACCUACCGCCGCGCUCCAAAGAGCCAGCCUCACACUUCGCUGGCCGUCACUGACGUCUGCAUCAUUGUUCCUGGCAAGGGGGAGACGCCACCUCAUACGUUCUGCAAGGUGGACAAGAACCUGAACAGCAGCAUGUGGGGAUCCUCCGUCUACCUGUGCUAUAAGAAAUCUCUGGCCAAAACAAAUGCGAUCGCAUACAAAGCAGGCCUGUUGUGUAGGUACCCUGAGGAAGACUACGAAUCCUUUCCGCUGCCCGAGUCAGUGCCCAUGUUCUGCCUCCCCAUGGGGGCAAUGAUCGAGUGCUGGCCAGCGCACACCAAGCACUCCUUACCUGUUUUCUCUACAUUUGUUCUGACGGGGGCUUCUGGAGAGAAGGUGUACGGAGCAGCGAUCCAGUUCUAUGAGCCCUAUCCCGAGGAGAACCUGUUGGAGCGUCAGCGCUCAGAGCUCGGCCUGUCAAGCUCCGGCCUCGGACAUGACGGGACCAGAAAUGUUUACAGCAACAAGAGCAUCUGUUUACUGUCUCACUGGCCCUUUUUCCAGUCCUUCAGGAGCUUUCUCACAUUCCUUUACCGGUACUCCAUCUCUGGACCACAUGCGCUCCCAAUUGAAAAGCACAUCUCUCACUUCAUGCAGCAUGUACCAUUCCCCUCCACUCAGAGACCACGUAUCCUUGUACAGCUGUCGCCACACGACAGCCUCAUGCUGAGCCAGCCUGUGUCCUCUCCGCUGCCUCUCAGUGGUGGGAGUCUCUCCACAUUACUACUCAAUCUGGGCCCAAAAAAUGCAGCCACUCUGCUGGUGCUGGCGGUCACCGAGCACAAGAUCCUGGUUCACUCCUUGCGUCCUGCUGUGCUCACCAGUGUCACCGAGGCCCUUGUGUCUAUGAUCUUUCCCUUUCACUGGCCCUGCCCUUACAUCCCUCUGUGCCCGCUGGCCCUGGCUGGUGUGCUCAGUGCGCCUUGUCCUUUCAUCGUCGGCCUGGACUCCAGAUACUUUGACCUCUAUGUGCCUCCGGCUGAUAUCAGCUGUGUGGAUCUGGACACCAACACCAUCUCCCAAAAAGAUGACAAGAAAGCUUUAACGUGGAAAAUCCUGCCCAGGAGAGCUUGCAAACAUCUCCUGAACAGCUUGAAUAAGCUCUACCAGCAGCUCAUGGAGGCUGGUCAGCUAAACCGUGAGGAUGUGCAAAUGGACCACACAAUGACUGACAGUGAGCUUGAAGGUGGGAAGAGCCUCCACACCCUGGAGUUGGAGAUUCAGGAGGCCUUCCUGCGGUUCAUGGCAGCCAUCCUGCGAGGCUACCGCUCCUGCCUGCAGCCCAUCACCCAGGCUCCGUCCGAGAAGACCACCGACGUCAGCUCUCUGUUCGACAUCCAAGGCUUCCUAAAGAGCAGGGACCGCUCCCAUCAGAGGUUUUACUCCCUCAUGACCAAGACUCAGAUGUUCAGUCGUUUCGUAGAAGAGUGCUCCUUCGUCAGUGACAAAGACGCUGGCCUGGCCUUCUUUGACGAGUGCGUCGAUAAGUUAUUUACCACUGGAGGGAAGAUUGACAGUGAAAGGCCAGAAGACACCAGACUAAUUGAGUUGGAUGAAUCUCAUCGCAGUGAGCACACGGUUUACAUAAACCCUCCAGAACUGCCUCCUCUACCUCAGGGAGAAGAGCAUCCUUUGUGCUUCAGCUACUCUGGGUUCCCUGUGUUGAGAGCUGAGUUGCUUGAGCCGCUGGAAGGACAAAAAUCUUUGUCAGCAUGCGUCACCACGCGCCACAGCAGCCCAGCCAGCCCUACAGCCAUCUUUAGACGCUCUAAACAGGAGAUCAAAUCAGCUCAGAGACUGGCCAAAACGUACUCAUCAAUGCCUCAGAUGUGGUCCAAGUGUCUGCUGCGCCACUGUUACGGCCUGUGGUUCAUCUGCUUGCCAGGAUUUGUUAGCAGCUGCCACUCUAAGGUUCGAGCUCUGCGCACAGCGUAUGACGUUCUGAGGAGGAUGCAAGACAAGAAGCUGCAGGCUCCAGAUGAGGUGUGUUACCGUGUGCUGCUGCAGUUGUGCGGCCAGUACAGUCAGCCCGUCUUGGCUGUCAGGGUGUUGUUUGAGAUGAAGAAGGCCGGAGUCCAGCCCAACGCUAUUACUUAUGGGUACUACAACAAGGCGGUAUUGGAGAGCACCUGGCCCUCCACCACCAGAGGAGGCUACUUCCUUUGGGGAAAGCUGAGGAACGUAAUCCUUGGCGUGCUCCAGUUCAAGCAGGCGGGGAGAAAACAGCAGCCUCCACACAGGGACACUCAGCUUUCAGACGGUAGUGAUCUUGACACACUCAGUCAUGGCAGCUUGGACAGUGCAAACGACUCUGCUGAGCGCACCUCCAUUGACACCGACUUCACUAAAAUGGACUCCAGCGAUGACGGAGUUAGCACGGGUGGACAAUCUGACCAAGGCUACGAUUCCCUGUCGAAAGAGGAGGAGAGGCUGUGCAGCAGAGAGAGUGAAAGCACUCCAUUGGUGGAUGACAAAGCACUGGGGCAGUCUGGCAGCGGCAGCCGGCUGGUUUCCAGUCCAUCCAGCGACACGUCUCUAUGUGGAGUAUUGCCAAAGACAGAGCGGCCUAAAUCCCUUGAUUUGUCUGGACAGGGAUUUACGAGGCUCGCCGUCCCUCUCCUCAGCUCAGCCAAACAGAAUCACCACACCGCCGACAGGCUGCACGGAGUGGAGGAAGAGGAUCCAGAGGCCGAUAAACAGAAUCCUCUGGUGGAGAGGAGUGCCAGCUGCAGCGCUGGAACAGCUACAAGGACCGGUAUUGAGACGGGCUUUGAUCCCCUGUCACAGAUGGCCGUGGCGACAGAACCGGAGUGUGAGCGGGAAAACAGUAGCACACCGAACACCGGUCGCAACCUCGCCGAGGAGAUUGAGACGUACAUGAAUAACGGCAACAGCCCCCUGAGAAGUCGCACAUCCAGCAUGGACCUGCAGAACCCUUCGAGCCCAUUGUUUCGCUGUUCCUCGUCUCCGCAAUCUUCCACCAUGGUCCGCUCCAGUACACACCUAUCACUGCCCAAGGAAAGACUAAGGCCGUCACCGUCUCUUCCUCUGGGUGUGUGUGCCAGAGACAGGGAGAGGCCUUCCUCCUUGGUUUCCCCAUCAUCACCGACUCCCUCCACCUCAUCCUUCUCUAUGGACUCCCUGUUAACCCCAACUCUGGAUAUCUUCAAGAGCAGCGUCAUCUCGGCAGGGAAGGGCGUGGCUGAGAAGGCGAGUCGCCUCUACUCUCGCCUGUCAUCUCAGACGUCAUUGACGCAGGACACCAAUUCCGACCGUGUGAGUGUUUCCUCGUUGACCUCGGCAGAUGCAGAAUGCACCUCGCUGCUUGAUAAUGACUCCUGUCUGGACCCAGAUGGCUUUACGUCCCCGCAGCACGGCAACACGACCCGGGUCAGGAGAAGCCCUGUUGCAUCUCAUCACACAAACCUGAGCAGCCCUGUCAACCCCAACAGAGUGUUCAGACACAACUCCUUCUCUGGUGGUUUGGCACUUCCCUCUAAAGCUCCUCACACUCCAGAUUCCUCCCCCGAUGGCAGCCGUUUCCAGCUCAUUCCUAAUUACAUCAUAGAGGUGCUGAUGUCCAGCUGUUCGCUUUGUAAAACAUGUGACUGCCUGGUGUACGAUGAGGAGAUCAUGUCAGGCUGGACAGCAAAUGACUCCAACCUCAACAGCACUUGUCCCUUCUGCGGCACAGCCUUCCUGCCUUUCCUCAACGUAGAAAUUAAAGAUCUACGACCACAAAACAGAUCUUCUACAGGAAGUAAUCCUGUUAAAGAGGAGGGCGUGACUGUUAAAGAGGGGAGCAAAAUGUCUGCGACAGACGAUGCUGCUGAGCCGUCUGCAGCUCCCCCGAAGGAACCCGAGAGCAGCAGGAGCGCUGGCAAGGCUGCACCGGCGUCCCUCCCAACAUCUGCCUCUGACCUGGUGACGGUGCCGUACCUGAGUCCGCUGGUUCUGUGGAAGGAGCUGGAGAGCCUGCUGGUGAAUGAGGGCGACCAGGCCCUCUCCUGCCCAAGUGUUGUCGACCAACACCCCAUAGUCUUCUGGAACCUCAUGUGGUACUUCAGAAGGCUGGAGCUGCCCAGUAACCUGCCGGCCCUCAUUCUGGCGUCCCAACACUGCAGCCGUGGAGAUCAGACUCCUCAAAAUGUUUCAUCUGAAGACAGUAAGCAGGUGCUUGUGAGGAUCAUGUGGGACAACCCAAAGUUGCACCAAGACAAAGUUCAACCAUGCUACAUCCUGUGGAACACUCACUGUGCCAACUCCUUGGUUCGCUCUGGGCUGUGUGAAGAAGGCCAGCUCUUCACCGUGGAGCUUCUGCAGGGCUUUGUGAGGGGCAUUAAGAAGAGUGACGUCUAUCAGCCUAUGAGUCAGAUCAUUCAGCUGCUGGGGCCUGAGUUGGGUUUUAAGAGGCAGAGGAGCCUCUACAGAGAUUUAUUGUUCCUUACUCUAGUCGCUUUGGGGAAAAACAACAUAAAUAUCAACGCGUUCGACCGGGAGUACAGGCUGGCCUACGACCGCCUCACCCCCGGCCAGGUCAAACUGACUCACAACUGUGACCGGCCCCCCGGAGCAGGAGUGAUGGAGUGCCGGAGGACUUUUGGAGAGCCCAGUUUGUGAACUCCUCCAACCACAGACACUGCUACUGUUAUGUCAGACUUCUCUUCAGACUCAGGACCAGCUCAUCGGACUCGGGCGCAGAGCUUUUAAAAGCACAAUGGAAAACUCCCACUUAAUGUAAAGCAACUGCCAUUUCUUUUACCGUCAGAGCUGAGAGGUGUGAAGCGACAGGCCUUGUUUUUGUAAAUAUUUAGAAAAAUUGAUCUUAUUUUCAGUAUACAUGUAGUAAAAUGUUUGUACAUUUAUUAUACAGUCAGUUUUAUGCCUUUAUUUCUGCUGAAGCUGUGAAUAGAUAUGUAACAAUAAGUGUACAAUCACACUGUUGAAAUUCCUCAGUGGUCCUGGCGACCUUGUUAAGACUGUUGUUAUGUGUGAGUGAUGCGUGUGUGUGUGGGUGUGUGUGUGCGUGCGCAAUGUGCGUAGUUGCGACUAGAUGUCCAUGUUUUUACAAAGCACUUUGACAAGAUCAACUCCUUUAUUUCACCCACGUAACUCAGUGGCCCUGCGGUUAGAAGAUCACAGCUCCUGUGGCCGAGCCGCCUCAUAUUCCUCUCGGGUUCAGUUAAAAAAAAGUAAAUAUAUUUCUGCUUGUGCACCCUGACUUAGCCUGACUUACCUGAAAACUCUAACCUAGAGCGUAACAACCGACUGUAAAAUCAAUUAUUGUUUAUGAACUAAGAAGGGAACACUCAGUGAAUAUAUGCACAAUAUUUAUUUGUUCAUUUUCUUUCUUCCAUAUACCCGCAAAGAGCCCGCAAAGGAAUCAUAAUUAUGUGAUUUAUUUACAGUUAUUUACAGUUUUUCAAUAAUAAAAAAUAAGGAUUUAUUAACUUAUAAACUGUAUGUGACCACACAGGGUAGAUUUUGGUUUAAUCAACAUGAUAACUGACACAGUUUUGGAUAUUUCAUUUCUUGGUAUUCAUUGUAUCGUGUCUAUGUCGGUUUUGGAUAUCUGGACGAAUCUGCAUUGUUUCGUGUGAGGUAAAGAGCAGAGAAGAAUAUUUCAAACACUUACUAUCUGCUCCAAAGGUUCACAGCGCAGAUUUCUUUGCACUGUGUUUAUUAAAUGAAAUCAAAGCUCUGACCUGCCCUGAUUCAGAAUCGCUGAAAAAGAUAAUUGUGACGAGUGUUCACUGUGUCGAUAUUGACUUUUACUACUAACUGGAAAAAAAAAGACUGAAGAAAGACUGCCUAAAUUCAUUUUAUAUUAAGCUUAUUACUGGAUGUCACAAUCACUUUUACUGAUACGAUGCUGGAUGAGUUGAAGCUGUGUGCUUGGAAGGAACACCAACCUCACGGCGUGUAAAUCUGCAUUUUAACCCUUUGUAACUAUAGCGUCUAAAAACCACUGAUGACCAAAACAUAACUUUUGUCUGUGUGUUGUUUACACUACUUGUCAAUUUGAACAAUGUUUCCAAAGUAUUGUUUAUCAUUUGUAACACAGAUAUGGAUUUGUAUGAUUUUUACAUGAAAAAGAAAUCGAAUUUCUUCCCUGGCUGGAUCUACAACUUGCCUUCAUUUAUGAAUAAACACAAUUGCCCUAUUGGUUUCAAGUUUGAUUAUUUCUAAACUGAGAUUUCUGAUUAGUGAAACUAAGUCUGGUCCUCUAAAAUAAAGUUAUAAAACAAUAGUUGGUUCAUUUUUAUACAUACAUA